AUGGUAAUUACAUAAAUCGAUUAAAGCAAAAGUUAUCAUUAAAAAGACAAAAAAAUUCAGCAAGUUACAUUCUAUCACUUUAAACAUUUCAUAAUUUCCAAAAAGUCAUGAAGCCCAGUAGUAAAAGAAAGAUCAAGAAAAAAAUAACAAAACACAUCAUUCAUUUAAUCAUAUUCAAAGAGGAGCAUCUAAGUUCUCCACAUAAUACAAAUCAAUAUCUACUAACAAAACACAUGAACUAAGAAAUUUGCCAAGAUAUUGAACCUAAAGAACCCGGCAGUAUGUUAUCCUUCUUAUUAAAUGAAUAAAGGCCACAAUCGAGAGAUCCUCUAUUUUAACUUUAAGACUAAGAAAGACUAGUUAAAGACUGCACUGAUAUGCUAAAAAAUUAACCCUGAAC